AUGUAUACUAGGCGUAACAAAAGGAAGCAACCUCCAAGUGGGGAAGGAGCAUCAUCUCAAAAAGUUUCUAAAAAUGGCAAAGCAGUGUCUUCUUCAAAUAGGAAAGGAAAAGGAAAAGUGGUUGAAGUUGUUGAAGAAGAUUCAGAAGAUAUUAGUGAGGAAUUAAAGGAAGAAUUGCCAAAUAUUAACUUUGCCAAUUCAGAAGGUGAAGAAGUUGAAGGCUAUGCCCCUUUGGCAUUCAAUGAAGAGAAUGAUUACAUUGAGGAAGAGGAGGAGAAUGAUGAUGAGGAGGAGAAUGAUGAUGAGGAGGAGGAUGAUUAG